AUGUCUUCGGUCUCGGGUGAGGUGCUCGGACGCAUUCUAACAAACAGAACCAACCCCUGGAAAGCUCUCUUCCUAUGCCCUCGCCUACCACUCGCAGUCAGCGGCGUCGUCGUCAGCAGCGACCACAAUCAUCGAGGACGGACGCAUUUAAAAAAGAACUUCUAUCCGUCUAAACAUGACGAUGAUGCUAUUAUGCGAGGGAUGAAACAAAAGAAGAUCCGCUUGCCUCUCUGCUUCCACUCAUGCGCAAAGGUACGGCCCCGGCCCACGAGCCCUCACUCUCUCCGCACAACCCAUCCCUUGCAUGGCUAUUACGGCCGGUCUCCGCGCGAGACCCCUUUAGCGAACACAUUCUUAUCCACCUCUACGUUCAAAUUUCGGAACGGGGUGUUUUCCUCCACGCAAGACAACCCUAGAGAACUCCCCCAUUAUUAG